AUGGAGCCUCUAGAUCUGCACCUCUUAGGAGACCCCAUCCCGUACCGAGGGCCAGAGCCCGCGCCGGCCGGAAGCGGCGGUGUCCGGGCAACCCGGGAACGCUCACCCGCGGGAGCGGCGGGCGGCGGGCGGCGGUCGCGGCCCCCUUGCUCUCGGCUCCCGGCUCUUGGCAUUCGCAGUUCGACUGCCAGUUGGUGCGUUGAUCUCGGCCACAUUCGCAUGGGGGUCUACCCUGGAGAAGGGGGUAGGGAAGACCCGGAGGUGGAAAAGAAGGAGGACCACGGGUGGGAUCUUUUCUUUGACUCUGAGUCGCUUUUAAUAUUUAAAAUCAACACGUGCAUAGAUGAGUCCAUGUACACUGGAAACGGUCCGCGGGACUGUCAUCUCCCUUCCUUUUCAAGAGCGACCUGCAACAGAGAGCUGGAGAAGGUUCCAGAGGAAAAAGGCGCUGGCAUGACCAAGGUGGAGAGGAGAUACAGUGCUAACCAGAGUGAUUUUCUGGAAUCUAAGGAAUGCUUCGCCAACACAGCAUCCUCUGGCAGAAGGGUCAGCUCCUCAUCUUCUGUAGAAGCAGGUCCAAGUGUCAGUGAGCCUUCAGGCCUCCCCAGAAUGUCUGCUCACCUGGACAUUGCUGCAGAUUUGGAUCAGAAAUCCUCCUCCUCACAUUCUGAUCACUCAUCUGAAACGUCAGUGCCUGAAGUCCGAAAGGAUAAAUAUCCUAAGGAAUUCAGCUUGCUUAAGUUGCAGACAAAAGAUGGGCAGCGUCCUGAGUGGACGUUUUACCCGAGGUUUAGCAGCAAUAUCCACACCUACCAUGUUGGAAAGCAGUGCUUCUUUAAUGGGGUCUUCCUCGGCAACAGGAGGUCUCUAUCAGAAAGGACGGUGGACAAGUGCUUAGGGAGGAAGAAAUACGAUAUUGAUCCCAGGAAUGGAAUCCCAAAGUUAACUCCAGGGGAUAAUCCGUACAUGUAUCCAGAACAGAGUAAAGGCUUCCACAAGGCAGGAUCAACUCUCCCACCUGUGAAUUUUUCAAUAAUGCCUUAUGAAAAGAAAUUUGAUACUUUUAUUCCACUUGAGCCUCUUCCACAAAUUCCCAACUUGCCUUUCUGGGUGAAGGAGAAGGCCAACAAUUUGAAGAAUGAGAUAAGAGAAGUUGAGGAGCUUGACGAUUGGCAGCCAGCCGCACCCUUAAUGCACAUUUUAUUCCCUUCUGGUACUUUGGACUUUCCAAGACAAUCCUGA